AUGAAAAUUACUAGUCUUCAUUUUUUAAUAUUUCAUAAAAAAUUAACUUACUUUUCAACAAAAGUUAAAACGAAAAAAAUAUUUUAUCAGAGAAGUUUGAAUAAUAUAUAUGCUUGUAAUAAUAGAACGAUGCCUAUUGAUAUAGCUGAAAUAAAGAAAACAAAUAAUUAUGCAUUAGACACUCAUGAAUCACAAAAAUUGGCAAAUACAAUAAAAGAAGUAAAAGAAAUAAAAAACAGUAACGAACAAAAUAAUAAUAAUAAUAUUAAUAGUAUUAAUAGUAUUAAUAGUAAUAAUUAUCCCUUUAGUCUUAAAGAAACGAAACUUAUAGUUAAAGAAGAGGUAACAAAUCCUAUUGUUAAUAAUAUUCUAAAUAAUAAUAAGCUUUAUACACAGUUAAAUAAUAUACUACCAAUCAAAGCUGAAGAAAUGAAAGAAGAAUGUGUAAAGGAUGAAAGUUUAAGAGAUGUGGAAAUAGAAAUGAAUGAUAAAGAAGAAGAAAAACAAAAUAUUGAUCAAGAGAUUACCAAUAUAAAUAUUAAAGUGGAAGAAGAUAGAAAUAUCCAAUGCAACAAUUCUAAUGUUAAUGAGAAAAAAAGAAUUAGACCUGUAGAUAUAAAUAACGAAUUAAGUUAUAAAAAAAUAUUAACUGAAGAUAUUGUAGUAAAGUCUAAUAUAGAGAAUGAAGUUAAAAUUAUUGUUACGUGGAAUAUGAAUAGUAUAACUGUACGUUAUAAGAAUAAAAAAAAAUGGAGUGAAUUUAUGAAUUUUUUUAAUGAUCUUAAUGCUGAUGUAUUAUGUUUUCAAGAGGUUAGAUUACCAGCUAUGAAUUUAUCAGAAUCAGGUGAUAAUAAAAAUAAGAAUAAAAACAAAAACGAUGGAAUACGUGAUAGAGGAAAAAUAAAAAAUAGUGAUCAAAAAAGUUUAGCUGAUUAUGAAAUUAUGGAACAAAUAUUAAAUGAUGAUUUUAAAAAUUAUAAUGCAUAUUUUAGUUUAGCUAAUAUUAAAUAUAGUGGUCAAUUAGUUUUAGUAAAAAAAAGUAUACAUAUAGAAUCUAUAAGAUAUAAUUUAUUUUUUGAAAACAAUGCACAUAUACAUCAUGAUGAAGGUCGUGUUAUUUUAGUUGAGUUCUCAAAUUUCUUUUUAUUAUCAACAUAUACACCUAACAAUGGUUUUGAUCAUGUUAAAUUUGAAAGAAGAAGAUUAUUUGAUGAACAAUUACAAAAAUUUGUUACUAUUAUUAAAAAUGAAAAACAAAAACCACUAGUAUGGACAGGAGAUUUAAAUAUAGCUCCAGAAGAUAUCGAUUUAUCACAUCCAGCUGAAUUCAGAAGAAUGAAAAAAGGAAACGUUCCAAAAGAAUUUAUAGGGCAACCUGGAUGUACUGAUUUUGAAAGAAAAAAUUUCCAGAAAAUUUUAAAUGCUGGAAAUUUAGUUGACUCAUAUAGAUAUUUACAAAAUAUAAAACAAAAUGAAGAUAAAAAAAAUAAUAUUCAACACACACCUAAUAUUAAUGAUAAUAUCUAUACUUGGAGAUGUCCAUUUCUUCUAGGUAAAUCAUGUAAUAAAGCUAUGAGAAUUGAUCAUUUUAUUGUAUCCAAAGAAUUUCUUAAUCGUAUUAAUAAAAUACAUAUACAAGGAUUUAGUGUUUUCCAUAAUAAUUUCUAUGGAUCUGACCACUGCCCAGUUAUAUUAUACCUCAAAAAUGAUUAA